AUGAACAAAAAGUCAGAAAGAAAAUUGAAAACAGGAGGAAAAAAGGUAAAGAGAUAUGAUAGUACAAGUAAAUGCUGGGCUUGUGGAUUCUACGGGCACACGCGUAGGAUAGAAAAAUUCAGAAUAGCAUCAGUAUGGGUCAAAACGCCUUAUACCACUAAGAAGAUGGACAUGGCUGUAUUAAGUUCACCGUGUGCAGAACUUAUCAUUGGUAACCAACCAGGGCUGAAAGAGAUGACAGAUCAUGAAAUAAAACAGUGGGAGAAAGAAAACAUACCUGAGAUGACAGAAGAGGUGAGGCUAACCACGCAGAGACAAGAGACAAAUGCAAUCAUGGAAGAUAAAAGUGACAGUGUAAAUCUGCAGGAAAUAGAAAACGUUGCAGCAGUCACAAGAAGUGUAACAAAAAAGCAACAAACUCAAGAGCAUUCCAUAAGCAUGCACAAAGAACAAAUACCAAUAACUACGGCAGAUGAAAAUACUAGGAAAAUUUUUUACCAGGAACAGAAAAAUGAUUUAACUCUAACACAAUGCUUUGAAGCAACAAAACGAGAACCGAGAAAAACAAAAAAUGCAGAAUGGAAGUUCAAAGUAGACAAGGGAAUUUUAUCGAGAAUUUAUUCAAAAAGAGGACGCAUCACAAAACAAACAGUACUACCACUGAAAUUCCGAGAAAAAGCUAUAUCAUUGGCUCAUGACUCCAUAUUUUCAGGACAUAUGGGAGUUACAAAAACUAAAUCAAGACUAUUAUCAUCAUUCUUUUGGCCGGGAUAUUCAAAGGAUAUCAAAUCAUACGUCCAAUCAUGUGAUAUCUGCCUACGAACGUCAAAAAAAGGUGAGACACCAAAGGCGCCAGUCCAAAGCGGACAGCUAGCUUCACGCCCAUUUCAAGAAGUGGCAGUAGAUAUAAUAGGCCCAUUAUCAGUAGUUUCUGCUAAAGGUAACAGAUAUAUCUUUACGCUUAUUGAUCUUGCCAGUCGAUGGCCUGAGGCUUGGCCACUAAGAACAAUUACUGCUGAAGAUAUCCAAGAAGUGUUGCUACAGAUAUUUUCACGAAUUGGAUUUCCCGAAGUGAUAAUAUCGGACAGGGGAACGCAAUUCACAUCAGUGGUAACGAGACUAGAGACUAGAAAAGAUAAACAAGCGUGA